CGUCACUCAGUGAGGGGGCGGGGCGGGUUUCCGGUGAUGGGCCUGGGCCUUUUGAGAGUGUCAGACUGGAAUCGAAGGCCGACAAUUGACUUUUGAGGCGUCGGGGCUCAGGCAACAGAGGGGCGGACAACACCUUAUCUUCAGGCGCCAUGGCAACGGAGCUGGACAGUCGAUUCUUUGCGGACAACCUGCUGAGCAGCGAGGAUUGGGAUGCCUGCCUGUACAACUGUGAAACAAUGGAGGAGAUGGAUGAUAUCUUUCGCUGCUUUGACAACGCCACAGAGUUGGAUUUGGAUUUAAAUAUGGAAAUCGGGAUACCAUAUUCCCCUCGGAACCCAAUCCAUGAUGACAGCUGUAUAGAUCUGCAAGUGAAAUUGGAACCGCUGUCUCCCGCCUCUUCUCGCUGUUCAGAUUCCUCACUCUCCUCUUCUGACAUUCCCCUAAUACCACAGGUUCAUCAGAGCCUAAACACAGAAACCACGCUGCCGAUGGUGAAAACCGAGGACCCUCCUACGCCACCAUGUACCUUCGGAGAUGUCCUCAACCCUCCUCUGAAUGGCAUUGAGUUCAAUGUGGUGAAGAUUGAGAAUGGGACAUCGCCAGUGAAGCAAGGGCCGGAAAAACAAGCCACUGGAAGUAUCAAGGCCAACAGCAUCCUGUGCAGCAAGCCCACCAUCCAGCCCAAACCAGUUGUCGUGACAACGCUGCCCAGUGCACCAAGCACCAGCCCGGCGAAGACGAUCAUUCUACAGUCGGUGCAAACCAGUCUCCCUGUGUCUCAGCCUCAGCCCAUUCCAGUGUCACGGCAGUCAGUGGUGCUCUCCCAGUCGGACCUGGUGAGAAUCCCAGUGCAGGGGCUAAUCAAGGUUCCAGCAGCGAAUGGGGCCAUCAAUGGGCUUUCUACCAACUGCAAGCGGCCCACCACUGUUGCCAAUGGGAUUGGCAUCAACAAGUCUGCCACCAAACCAAUCAUUCCUGCGCCAACACAUACUGGAAGCAACUCUUCGGAGAUUGACAUAAAGCUGCUGAAGCGUCAGCAGCGGAUGAUCAAGAACCGGGAGUCGGCCUUCCAGUCUCGCAAGAAGAAGAAGGAGUACCUGCAGGGUCUGGAGAGCAAACUGCGUGAGGCACUCAGCGAGAACGAGAAGCUCAAGCGGGAGAACACACUGCUCAAGAAGAAGCUCGACAGCAUUGUUUCAGAGAAUACCGAACUGAAGCUGGGAUCCGGUAAUCGGAAAGCAGCCUGCGUGAUGGCCUUCCUUCUCUUCGUCGCGUUCACCUUUGGACCAGCCAGUAUCACAGAGAAGAAGACGGACCUCGUCCACAAGCAGCAAGAUGACACGUACGUGCGGCGACACCUGCUUACUUUCAAAGAGGAGCAGGUCACCGAGAGUCCGGCACAGCAGGCAACAAAGGAUUUCAGGCGGCAGGACAGAUUCAGGUACCACACUCAUUCAGCUCAGCUGACUGCCUGCUUCCUGGAUGGUGCUUUUUGGGAAUUGGGACUUGUGAGUCACUUUGUGUUGGCUGAUGAGCUUCGAGGCUGGAUACACCGGCACCAGAUCGACAGGACAAAGUCCAAUGAGAAGCCAAAACGUCAGAAGAAAUUUAAACAGGGCACGCGGUCACAGCAGCGGAGAAUCAACCUGCCACGCUUCAUCCCAGCGCAGUCUGCCGACACGGACACCAGGUUGACCUCCAGCCAGCUGCAGGUGUACCAGAGCCCCGAGCAGAGCUACUACGAUUUCAUGGACGCUAUCGACAGGAGGGAAGACACCUUCUACGUGGUUUCUUUCCGAAGGGACCAUCUGCUGUUGCCUGCCAUCAGUCACAACAAGACCAACCGGCCAAAGAUGUCCCUGGUCAUGCCAGCUAUGCCAGUGAAUGAGAGCCUGUACAACACGACUCAGGGUUACGAGGUGAUGAUGCAGAUCGACUGUGAGGUGAUGGAUACCAAGAUCAUCCAGAUUAAGAGCUCGUCGGUGCCGCCCUCCCUCCGCCAACCCCAGGACAACAGGACCAGCAACUUCCACUCCCACAGCGGAGCCAGCAGGUCACCCGGCCCGGGCGGGCUUCAGCCUCGUCCGCAGGCCGUCACUGCGCCGGGCAGCAAAGACUCUCUGUUUUUUUCCACAGAAGGCGAAGUGUAGUGGCGGAAGUCUCUGACUCUCCUUGAAGCAAACUUAUACGGGAGGGGGGGGGCUUGAGGUUUUUUUCUUAGUUGCUUUCUUCCCUCACAGCCCCUGGCAACUCUACUUUCCGCCGCCUUUAAUGGGCAGUAGUGGGUGCUGGGUGGAUUGGAUUGUGCUCGAAGGCUGAAGACCUUCUGGAGUCAGGGCCUCUCACUUCUGAACUGUGCCCAGCAGUGCUGCCUUGGCACUCGCAAGGCUGGUCCUUGUAUGAACCCUGGGGGGGGGGGGGCAGUAAGACGAGCAUUCCAUCGACUUUGCACUGAUUCCAGCUAAUUCCAUCGGCAUUUGAUUGUGAAGAAUUCCUGUUUGGGGAAGAACAAUUCCAUGGGAAGAAAGCCCAGCACUGUUUUAUUGGAAGUGAGGGAAUUGACAGCUUUGGGAAAUUUGCCAUCCUGCCCCAUUAUGUAUAUUCAGUUCUGUGCACUGUACAGCAGCUGUGACCACAUUGGUGUGCUUAUCUGGCGAAUACGUUGUAUUCACAGGGUUACAGAGUGGAACAGAAAUACCAAUGCAGUCCCAGCUCCCACACACUUUGUAGAAUUCCAAAGUACUAUGAGGUGACGGCUGGAAUCGUCACUUGUACACUUGCAAAGAUUCCAAAUUAUGACACAGACCCAGCUGAUCUGACACAGGAGAAAUGGACAAGUUUACUGAACUGAUCUGCACAGCAGGAAGUCUGGUCAAAUUACAGUGGAUUCCCAUUCACUGGGACACAGCAGGACCAAGCACAUUUUGUCCCAAUUAGGCAGCCGCCCCAAUUAACUGAUGUUUCAUGGAAAUAGUUAAAAAGACAAACUACGGUUUAACUGAGUAACAAAUUAUGUAUUUAGAUGAAAUACAGAACAAAUCAGAACACUAUCAAUAGCACUACAGUACUACAAAAAAAUUGUAUUAGUUCCUAAUAGCUAUCAACAGAGAAAUUCAUCCAGUGUACACUGCUGUGUUCUUUUGAUUGAGUGUAAAUGAACGAAAUCAGUGCAGACGCCUGGUUCAGAUAAUGGACUGCCUUCAUACAAUGCUUUCGAUAAAUGCAUCCUCCAAAUCUUCAUUUUCAUUGUAACAUUCAAGAUGAUUGUUGAUGCCUUCAAAUUCUUCAUUGUUCCUAACUUGUUGAAGUAGUGAAAUUGUUUCAUUUUUAUUCCAUGACUUUUCUGGCAUCUCCAAGCAUGAAUGCUUGAAACCACAGCGAGCAAAACUGUUCAGCAACAGUCUCCUGUCCCAGUUUGGUAUCCCAAAUGAUUAGGCAGGGUGUGAAAGAUUAUGGAGAGCAGGUAAGAGAAUGGGGGUGAGAGGGAAAUGGAUCAGCCAUGAUGAAAUAGCAGAGCAGACUCGAUGGGCUGAAUGGUCUAAUUCUGCUCCUAUGUCUUAUGGUCAAAUAAACGCAGGGAAAAGUGGGUUAUGUUCCUGAUUAGUUUUUGUUCUUUAAGAAUAGUCCCAAAUAAUCGGCUGCCCUGAUUUUUAUUAAAAAAGGCUGGCCCAAUUAACUGGAAUCCACUGUUUUAAAUUUCAUUAAGUAUAUCUGUCCAGGCACAGUGAACAAGUUCAUAUUGGUCCCAGUUUAAUUGUCUCGAAAUGUUUAUUCACUUUUAGGAAGAAUUCAUAAAAACCUGUUGAAGUAUGUUUGCAGUUUGUGACUUUAUGGAGCAAAGAAUGGAGGUUUCACUGUCGACAUAUUUGACUUCUAUCACGUAGACCUUCUGCUCUUUGGUUAUUUGGUGGGUGUGUGUAUGCGCAUUAUCUUUUGUACAGCUCAUGUUGUAUUUUAAUAUUAUGUUUUGUCUUUUAAUUUUGAAUCAAGAGCUCCUGAGUGCAGUGCUAAGUAUGGGGCAAAGCAGACCCACCCCUUCUCUUACAAUAAGGUCACUAGGCUGAGAAUUGGACCUGUUCCAUAGGGGUAUCGUCAAAAGAGCUGGCACAGCCCAUCUCUAAAAGACAAAGAAGGGAGAAAGACGAGCAGCGGUGUCCCUCCAAAGUGUAGAAUCACUGCCAAGUCGCAAUUUCACUCGAGUUACUAAAAUCGAAUUGUCAGUGAGCAGGGUGAAAGUGUAACAAAAAUGCCAACUUGUUAAUUAGCCUUGCACUCUCUCUCUGUAUAUAUGCCUAAAUUUGUGAUUUUUAAAAAAACUGUAAUUUAUUAUUUAACCAUGUUUCUUUGUGUGCCGUGUUCAGGCUUGGUUUUGCCCAGCUGAAGGAUAGUCUGACCUAGAAAUGUGCCAAGUCCCUCGUGCCCACAUUAGCCCUUCCACUUCAAGUUCAGGUUUAUUAUCAUCUGACUCUACGGACCAUAUAUACAACCAAAUGGAACGAUGUUAAUAUUCAGUAGUGUUUUGUAGUCAUAGAAAAGACAAACCGGACAAGAAAUUGAUUGGAGCCAGAGUGGCUGCUGAGUCCAUGCGGGUUACCAUCUUGUCCUCAAUAGGAACCUUCCCCUGCCCUCACCAUCUGUACUGUACUUAACCUUUCUUACCCCCCCCUUCCCACAGACCACAGCCCCCUCCUCCCCACCACACUCCUCCCUCUUAGAUCGUCUUGGCCGGCAGCAGACAGAAGUAAUUUGCCACCUGAGCCCAUUCGCUCAUCCAGUUACACUCACAAAGAACUGGAGGAAUUCAGCAGCAUCUAUGGAGAUGAGUAAACAGUCGACAUUUCAUGCCGAGAUCCUUCAUCAGGAUUGGAUAGGACUGGCUUCUGCCACCUUCCUUUCCAGUCCUAAUGAAGGGAGGGUCUCAGCCCGAAACAUCGACCGUUUAUUCCCCUCCAUAGAUGCUGCCUGACCUACUGAGUUCCUCCAGCGUUUUGUGUGUGUUGCUUUGGAUUUUAUCUGAUUUCUGUAACCGACAAUCUGUCUAAAACGGUGAUCUGGAGAAGUGUUUAUCAGGGAAUGUAAUCACUUGGUGCUUUUUUCGGUGGGUCCUUGUUUCUCUUUUAAGUAUUCAGUACUAGUUGGAAUUUAAUCUACAGGAAGUCCCACACUUGUCCUACCUGGGUGACUGGAGAUGUGGGGGCUGUUCUCCUUCGCAUGUGCGAAGUAGAGGAUUGGGGCAUUCCAAAUAAGGGGUGAGGCCCUUCUUAACAGGCAGUAAAUCUUUAGCAUUCUCUCUACCCCAGAGAAGCAACGUAUUAACGCUGAUGUUGAUAGAUAGCUGAACUCAGAGUUGAAAGAUUGGGGUAUCUAGCAGGAAGUGGAGGCACAGCAUCAGUUGUAAUCUCCUUACUAAGACCAUAAGACGUAUAAGCAAAUUAGGCCAUUGAGUCUUCUCUACCAUUCCAUCUUGGCUGAUAUAUUAUCUUGCUCAACCCUGUUCUCCUGCCUUCUCCCAGUACCUGACUAAUUAAGAACCUAUCCACCUCUGCUUUAAAUAUACCCAACAACUUGGCCUCCACAACUGUCUAUAGCAAUGAAUUCUACAGACUCACCACCCUCUGGCUAAAGAAAUUCCUCCUUAUCUCUAUUCUAAAUGGACGUGAGGCUGUGCCCUCUACUCCCAAAGGAAGCCACUCCACAUCCACUCUAUCAAGGCCUUUCAGUAUUUCCAUGGCAGAGUGUGCUUGGGGACCAAACGGCCAUGUCAUGGUGUGGUGAUCAUUCUCCUGGUCUUCAGUAGGUAGCUCAGUAUAACUAUCGAGGGAGGUGGAUUAAAGUCCAUCAUGGUGCCUUUCGGACUGUUUCUGGUGGCUUUAUGACCCACCCUUUGGAAAUCUAGCCGAACACUGCUGUCGGGGCUCUCUGUAAUGAUUGUAUGUUCGAGUAGGAAUGACUACAGAUCUCCACAAUCAUAUCCACCUUUCUCUAAACCAGGCUCACUCCUGACAUGCCUGAUGCUGAAUGAAAAAAGCAGAGUAAUGACUCAACUGUAGACCCUGAGCUCACUUUGAAGAAAUGUUAUUAAUGCACUUAAACAAAACUUAAAACAUAGAACAUUACAGGCCUUUCAGCCCACAAUAUUCUGCUGUCCUUCCCCCCCCCCCCACAUGGACCUCCGUUUUUCUAUCAUCCGUGUGCCUUUCUAAGGAUCUAAUUGUCCCUGAUGUGUCUGCCUCCAACACCGCCCCAGCAGGCUGUUCCAUCCACCCACACACUCCACGUAAAGAACGCACCCCUGGCAUCCAAUACGUUCCUCCUGUCACCUGAAAAUCAUACCCCCCUCAUAUUAGCCAUUUCUGCCCUGGGAAAGUUGUGGUUUUCCUUGUCCCCUACCCUCCCCAAUCCACAUGCCGGACAGUAUUUAUUGGCUCUUUUGAAAACAGAGCUUAAUAGCUUCUUGAUUAGUCAGGGCCUCAAAGGUUACAGGGGGAAGGCUAAAGAGAGGAAUAAUAAAUCAGCCAUGGUGGAAUAGCAGAGCAGGCUCGAUGGGCUGAAUGGCCUAUUUCUGCUCCUAUGUCUUAUCUUGUAGUAUUAGCUUGACACCCCCUGUGGAAGAUUGUUUCCUUCUUUUCCCAUUCCACCAGUUAACUCCUUCGAUCAUCUUUCGUCACCUGGGUCAGAUCACCGUAUUGCUUUUCCCCGUUGGAAGGGAUGAGGGGCCUGGAAUGAAUGAACGGUUCUUCCGCACCUUGCGGCGCAUCAGGUGGCAACCUUGCCGUUUCUUUAGCAUUUGUCCAUCGCGAGUUUGACGAUCGACCCUCAACCCCGCACGGAACCGGCCAGAGGACCACCUGUCUGGUGCAGCUGCCACCAAGCGUCAGCCAUCCACACGUGGACUGAGAGGAGAAUAAGUCUAGUCAUAAACACAAGAGAUUCUACAGAUGCUGGAAUCCAGACGAGCACAUGCAAAAUGCUAGAGGAACUCAGCAGGUCAGAAUACGCAGUCGAUGUUUCAGGUGUGACCCUUCUUCAGGACUCCACGGGUGCUGCCUGGCCUGCUGAGUUCCCCCAGUCCCAUUAGCUGAUUUGGGCAUGGAAAUGCACAUCUGGCCAGCUAAGUGGGACCGUGAGUCCUGUUCCUCACUCAGACCAGCCCUGAACAGAGGGCCAUCCUGGGGUUUGUUGCUGAAGUGUGACGAGUUUCCUGCGUCAGCAGCAAGAUGCUCGGUGCUCUUUAUACCAGUGGGUUUCAGUUGCCACUGAACUUUGCAAAUGAGAGGGUGGCGGACGGGGUUGCAGUGGGGUAAGUCUGUCGGUGAGCGAAAGGUUGCCGUGACUGGCUGUUCCUGACUCUCUCUAUGCAACAAUUGGUUAUGCUGAGAUUUGUUUUUUUUUAUCUGCAUUAAGUGUGUUUAUUGUGUUGUUUGUAAUAAAAGUGUUGGACAGA